CUUCCCGGCUGACCACAAGUUCUCAUCUCGGAUCCAUCGCGCAGCAUAGCGCGAUAUUUCGACCGAGAGAAGUACCCAUGUCACUCGGCAUGUUCGGUGAAUGCCGCAUGCCAUGCUUUCCCUCCUCUGCCACAUCGCUGCCCGAGCUAUUGCAUGCAUCUGAAAUGUAUGAUGAGGUAGAGAACAAGGUGGGCUAUUGAUCACCUCAUCCGUCCGGGCUGGUCAGCCAGGCCUGCUGGCUCCUCUCGAUCCGUCAGACGGUUCCAUCUGAGCACUUCCAGCCGCGCCUGUUCCGGUCCUGCACCGAUCUCCCGUUUCCUUCCCAAAUGCCUAGCAACCGUGAUGCAAGCGCUUCCCCAUCGUCCUACCCACGAUUGUUGGUGCUAUAUUCCCUUGGUACACACAUCCGGUGGCUGCUCGUAACCUUGCUGCAGAGACCUGAAUUCGCUGCGUAUCUGCUGCCGCAAUCCUCAAAGAGCAUAAUUUGGUUUGUACUACAUGGUCGUCCCAAGGAUAUAAAUCAUACCAUGAAACCUCGCUUUCCAUUUCCCUUCCUCCGCAUCGCUCAUCCCUCUCCUGAAGCAGCUCCAUCCACAAUCUUCGAGGCAUACCGUCAGAUCCUCCGAGUCACUUUCCCCGGCUGCCUUUCCCUUCCUGAACACUUGUCAGCAUUUAUAACCAAACAAUCAAAUACUUCAAGGUACGUGGGCCACCUGACUCCGCUGCUCCCUCUCUCCCUCUUUCACACCAUAUUCGGGGUCCCCUUUGUUGACAUGCUAUAGAUGGCGAGACCCGUCCGUUGCCAACACGCUUUCACCGUGACCAAGACUCCUACGGAGAUGAUCUAUUGGACCUGCAAUCAGUGCUACUCAGGUCCUCACUGGUACAUUUUCGAAUGUC